CCUGACCUCAUAGACGGCGGUCGUUGGAAGUCAUUGGGUGUUCCAGCUUGCUCCUGUGAAGUAGUCUGUGGAACUUUUCCUGUUCACGUUUCACCGUUUUUGAGGUGUCCUUCGUUUGGUCUAUAUAAUAUUUAUGAGAAUACCAGACUCGGCCAUGGAGCCUGGAUUUAUGCAGCAGCCUUUAGAGCAGUGUGAUGAAGAGCUUCAUCAACUCGUCCUGAAGGAAAAGCAACGGCAGAUGCGCGGUCUCGAGAUGAUCGCCUCCGAGAACUUCACCAGUCUGGCGGUUACUCAGUGCCUCGGCACCUGCCUCACCAACAAGUACUCGGAGGGAUAUCCCGGCCAGAGGUAUUACGGUGGCAACGAGUUCAUCGAUGAGAUCGAGAUCCUCUGCCAGAAGAGGGCCCUGCAGGCGUACCGGCUGGACCCAGAGCUCUGGGGUGUCAACGUGCAGCCCUACUCGGGGUCGCCGGCCAACUUUGCCGUCUACACGGGCGUCGUCGAGCCGCACGGUCGCAUCAUGGGCCUGGACCUGCCUGACGGCGGUCACCUGACCCACGGCUUCUUCACUGACAAGAAGAAGAUCUCGGCGACGUCCAUCUUUUUCGAGUCGAUGCCCUACAAGGUGAACCCGCAGACGGGGCUCAUCGACUACGACAAGCUGCAGCAGACGGCCGCACUGUUCAAGCCCAAGCUCAUCAUCGCUGGUGUGAGCUGUUAUCCUCGCCACCUGGACUACAAGCGGUUCCGCGAGAUCGCCAACGACAACUCGUUGCUCAUGGCCGACAUGGCUCACGUCAGUGGCCUGGUGGCCGCACAGGUAGCUCCCAACCCUUUUGAAUACUGCGACAUUGUCACGACCACCACGCACAAGACACUACGGGGACCUCGGGCAGGGCUCAUCUUUUUCCGUAAAGGUGUCCAGUCUGUAACAAAGACGGGCACAAAGAUUAUGUACGACCUGGAAGAGAAGAUCAAGCAGGCUGUCUUCCCAGGUCUCCAGGGUGGGCCACACAACAACGUCAUUGCAGGCAUCGCGGCUGCGCUCAAGCAAGCCAGCACACCCGAGUUCAAGGCCUACCAGGAGCAAGUCGUCAAGAAUGCCAGGACACUUGCAAAAGAAUUGCAGGACCGUGGCUACACCUGUGUUUCAGGCGGCACGGACAACCACUUAGUCUGGGUCGACCUACGACCCACGGGCCUCAACGGGCCCCGCGCGGAGCGUGUGCUCGAGCUCAUGUCUAUCGCCUGCAACAAAAACACGGUGCCGGGCGACAAGAGUGCGUUGAACCCUGGCGGCAUCAGGCUGGGCACCCCUGCUCUCACCACGCGUGGCCUUAAGGAGCAGGACAUCGUGAAGGUGGCGGAGUUCAUUCACAGAGGGUUGACCUUCGCCCUGGAGGUCAAGGCCAACUCGGGGCCGACGCUGAAGGAGUUCAAGGCGAAGCUCGAGACAGAUCCCGUCUACGUGGAGCGGUUAAAUCGGCUACGCGAGGAGGUGGAAGCCUUCGCACUCACUUUCUUCAUGCCCGGCUACCAGGACAUCUGAACGCUGACGAAAACGUUCGUCGAGCGACGCAUCCUCGCUCCGACUUUACCCGUCCGUGUUCUUAUUACUCUUCUCUUUUGUGUCGAGGGCACUUCGAAAUUGUCGUUGUACAGUAGGGUUGCAAGACAGUACUGCCAAGCCCUGCUGCGCAGUUCAACUUGUUUCCCUGUACAUAUUCGCAUCCUCGUUCGGUGAAUACCACAAGAUUUAUAUAUUUUUACAUCUCCUGUUGAAUUUACAUGUGCACUCACAUAUAAGUUAAACAUCGGAUUCGUUCACUCACAAAAGCCAAUACCUCAGUUAUAUGGCUCCAAUGUACAGCAAUGCGGAAAGCUGCCGGAAUGAUUUUAAACGAAUUCUCAACGUUUCUUUUCAAUUGCCCUUAAACGGCACAGCGAAACCUUAGGGGUGGCAUGGUAAUUAUCACUCAUGCCAUUCCAUGCUCACUGAAUGUGCCUCAUUGUGCAUGAGAAAGAGAGUGCACAUUGAAAAAGUUUAUUUCUGCUACGAAAUGAAAUAAAUACGUCUAUUUUUUAUUCCAUA